CGCACGCGGCUACGCCGCGCGCACUUGUGCUCGUGCUCCAACGUGAGCCUGCUUGCACGCUAAAAAGAGACCAGUAAUCGGGCUUAAAGUCAUGUCGUAAAUUAAUUUUUUAAAAAGUAGUUAAUAAAUAGCAUUUAAUAAUUAAUCUAGUUAUUCCUUUUUGGGAGGGUGGCCCAUAGUGACGUAGCCCAUGGGCAAGCUCAAGGGCCUGGGCCCAGGUUUUAUCCACACGUUCAUUCCUUCAUUGUGACUUCAUUCCUGAGCCGGGAUAACUCAGUUGUGGUUCGUCUUCAAGUAAGAUGGGUGCUGCAACGAGCCGCUUUAAAAGAAAGCACUCUUCAUUCAGGAAAAGUGUUCACAAAGAGGAAGAGGCAGCUGCGCCGAAAAUUGUCCUCUUCACUGGCUACUCUCACAAAAUGAAUCUGGCGUUUGCUUUGCCCUUCGCUGAAGACCCGCUUUCCAAAUUUAAAGUGUUAGUUACGAUGCCUUCUCUUUCAAGCAGUGAGUAUUUAGCGGACUCCAGGGUUUUAAACCUGUUAAAUAAGACGUUGUUUGUCCUUCAAAUGGAUAUUGAAUCGGACGAGUCUAUCAACGGCGUCCUUCGAGAGAUCAUGGAAAAUGAUGGAUUUAUCGAUGCUGUUGGCAUGAGUUUUUACAGCUUCGCACUCCCUUAUUUUUCAAGAGAUUAUUAUCUAACAGACCCAAACGGGCAAAGGUAAUAUUUAACUCAACGAUUUAUUUUUACUGGUACAUUUGA